CGUGCGUGCUACCUACGACCUAGACCGUCCAGGACGUCCAGCACUCCAGCUCUCCACAUUGUCCCAUAAUCGUGCCAGAAUGAUGAAUGUCCGUCGUUGAUCCCCAGUCCUGCCACGUGCGCCUGCCAACUCGGCGAGUUUGGUUCCCGGUGUCAGUACUUGGGGCGCCUGCUCAACCACGGUUGCCAGCUCGAACGGUUCUAGUACUACGCCAACGGGCUCCAACACUGCCGUUGCUUCAGACGCCGCCCUGGCCCAGGCUUCAUCGCUGCACCCCGCUCGCUUGCUAUGUACAGACGAGAGUCGUGGGCGCGUGUUGCGGCCGGCAACGCGAACAGCAGCCAGUCCAACAACCCCACACCCACCCGCUCCGGCGUCUUCUCGCAGCUCGCCGGCAACGCGACGCCGCACGCUGUAGGUCACUCCCGCCACUCGCGCUCCAUCGACGCCGACGGGCACGGCAACAGCAUGUCUACCAGCUUUGGAAGGAACGGGCAGCUGGCCUCGUACUCGAGCCAGACGGGCUACUGGCAUGGCCUGGGCGGCGGCGCCCAAGACGUCCCCCCGUUCUUCGUGCCCUCGUACCUGCGCGGGUCCAAGCACGCCGAGAAGCUGCACGAGGCGCACAAGGCGAAGCUGGCGGCGCAGCGCGAGUACCGCUCGACGCACUCGUCCAACACGGGCUCGCUGUCGACGAGCGCGAGCAGCGUCAACCUGCACAAGAUGGCGCCCUCGCACCGGGGCUUGACGCAUGAGAUCAUAGAACGGGCGCCCGUCUUUGUGGACGAGCCCGUGGCGCCGUGGCCGACGAGGUGGAACGACGGGGACAAGUUCGCCCAGAUGGAACUCGACGACGGCGGCCGACAGGCCAAGUUCUCGGGCGCCCAGAAGUCGCACGACGAGGCGGCGGCGGUGCGCGCAGACUUUCCCAUGCCGCGGCAGUGUGGCAUAUAUUACUACGAGGUGACGGUCAUGUCGAAGGGCAAGGACGGACGAAUGAUUGGCGUCGGUUUCGCAGGACCCAAAGUUGCCUUGAGCCGCAUACCAGGCUGGGAGCCGGAUUCAUACGCAUACCACGGCGAUGACGGGCAGAUCUUCAGCAACACAACGUCGGGCAAGACGUACGGGGAGAAGUUUGGCACGCUCGACGUCAUAGGUUGUGGAAUCAACUUCAGGAACAACACUGCCUUUUUCACCAAAAAUGGCCGACAUCUGGGCACCGCCUUCCGAGACCUGAAGCCAAACACGCCAUACUAUCCGACUGUCGGUAUGAAGAAACCCGGCGAGACGCUCAAGGCCAACUUCGGCCAAGAACCCUUCCAUUUCGACAUAGACAGGAUGGUCAACAGCGAGAAGGCAGCCAUAAAGGCGGAGAUUGCCCUCUCGAAACCCGCCCCGAAUGCUCAAAUACCCGCAGACGAAUCUCAGUUCAUUCACCAGUUGGUGAGCCAGUAUCUGGCGCAUGACGGAUACGUUGACACAGCACGAGCUUUCGCAGAAGAGAUUACGGAUGAGGCAAGAGCACUUGCAAAUGAUGAAAGCAACAGCAUGCCCUACCCAGAAGCAGUGGAGGAUCUGGAUGCGCUCAAUCGGCAAAAAAUACGCUCAGCAAUUCUUCAAGGUGACAUUGACAAAGCGCUUAAGCAUACCUCUGCAUACUAUCCUUCAGUCCUUCGUGACAAUGAGAACAUCUACUUCAAGCUUCGCUGCCGGAAGUUCAUCGAGAUGAUACGGCGAUCGAAUGAGCUGAGAGAACAGAGUCACUCAGUGCCCACACCACUAUCGAAACGCUCGGCUGCCUCGAACCCCAUCAACCGAAACUCCGCAAUCGACGACUAUGAUUUUGAAAUGGAAUUGGAUGACCAGUUGAACCCUAGUUGGGACAAUCAAGAUCAGAACGACGAUAUGGACGAUGAAGAUGAUAUGGAGGACAUGCAAGCAAAAGUACAGCAACAAGAGAACGAGACUUUGACGUACGGCCAAGAGCUUCAAGCCGAGUUUGCCAACGAUCCGAGACGAGAAGUCCAAAGAGCACUUCGAGAUACGUUCGCGCUUAUAGCGUACGAGAACGUCAAGCAGAGCACUUUGGCGCCGCUGUUGGAUGUUGCUGGCCGUGUACCGGUCGCGGAGGAGUUGAACAGCGCCAUACUAGUAAGUCUCGGCAAAUCUUCUUCCGCAGCCCUGGAACGCCUCGUCCAGCAAACAGAAGCCCUCGUCGCCGAGCUCGCCACCGACGGUGGACCUGGCGCCUUCAUAAACGUGCGAAGGGAUUUUCUACAGUAGAACCUUGAGAACUCCCCAAAUAUCUUGUUACAUCACAUUCCACGCAAUAUUAUCCUGGAUAUCAAGAUCCAGCAUGGCACCGAGGUCGCGUCGAAUACGUGGGCAUUGAUGUGUUUCUACUGGGCUACGGGACCCGAGGUUUAGCAUGAUCUCGGUCUGCAAUACAAGGAUCCGCUAGAGGCUGCGCGGAGAUUCAAGAUGGCGAGAGACGAGGGUUCGACGGAUGAGUGGUUUGUGCAGGUGGUGUUUGGAUUACAGAGGUUUGCGGCUGGGCGGUAAAUUCUACUCUAUCAUUGAGAGCAUGGGGUGUUAGGGACGGAUUGGGAAUUCGAUUGGGCUACGGCAUUAUUGUCUCCUCGGAUGGAGGUACUUGGGUUGAGGGGUUGGGUUGAGAGACGCGUGGUGUAUAUUUGAUUGCGUGUAUCAGGGUAGGAUGGAGAAUCACAUUCAUAUUUCAUCGAGAGGCCUG